GUGGUGCCUUAUGGGAUUUCACUUUACUCGUCCUGGUUGCGUCGUUGUCUGCACGGGGUUGCAUACUCUCUCCAAUGGGCCACUGUAGGGUCUAAUUUGCCUUUGAACUGUUGCUCUUUUUCGUUUCCUCAGCAAUUGGGACUGUUUUGCAAAUGGCGGAAGCCCGCGUGAACGUGCAAAUGGAGGGUCGUGGGAACAGUGGAGUCAGGAUGGGUUUAUUUGGUAUUGUGAACACUUUAUCCCGAGCCUAAUAUCCAGGUCUUAAACUUCCAUGGGAUUCUGUGGAAGCAUGACAUCGUGAGCGGGAUUUGUCGACCAACACCUAGCUGGACUUCCGUGUAAAGUCAACAAUCGGUUUAACUUGUAACAUCUCUGUGUAAUGCCUUGUUGCCAUUUUGUGAUCCGAGACGGAAUUGGGUCAGUUGAAUCCAGAGGAUUAACAGCCCAGUGAACCGAAGGAGAUGCAGGACUCGAAAAAAAACGAUUAUCGGGCUCAACCUUCUGUCUCUGUGUGCGACAAUGAAAGGGAGGAGGCAGGCUCACCUGAGGUGUGUGAGGACAGUGAUGGAACGGAAGAUAUGGAGGGAGAGUUUUUGGGAUGUGUCGCUGGCAGCGAUGAUUCACUUUUAGAUUCCACCUUUGAAGAGGAGUUGGAUCGACUUUUAGAACCAGAGAACACUGAACACCCUCCUUAUCUGAUGGGAACGUCAGAGACUGUAGAAGGUGAGGAAAACACUCCCUAUGGCACAGCAGUCACAGAGACUAGAGUGAGCGAUGCCACCCCUCCAUCUGUGAGACGGCUCCGAAAAAGGGCCUUUCCCUCUCGCAGUGUAAUGGAAGCUUCGCCGUAUGACGAGGACGAUGGAGUUGAGCCUCUCUCUGACUCAGAGGUUGACACGAGCAGGCUUUCAGAGUGUAUAGAAAACGUCUCCGAUCUCGAAGUAGCCCAGCAAAGGGAACGAAGGAGUGUCAGAAAGUCCCUCUUUCCCCUUGGGACACCCAGUCGCGCCAAAUCCAAAAGGAAAGCGUGUGCCGCUACACCUCCCAUGGCAGAAUCCUCUGAGUCUAGUGGGGAAGAUGAAGAUGUCCUUUCCUCUGAGACAGAAGCUAUGGAAAGCAGGCUGUUAAAGAGAAUAGAGGCCAGAGCUUUGCCUUCUACCCCCUUGACAACCCGCUCUGCCAAAUCCAUUAACAAAGUUAACACAGCCGAGAGGAGGUGGAAGACUGAGGAUGAACCUGACCUGAGACCUAGCCUGGUGAAGUUCACUCCAGCCCGGACCCCAGGGCCCCUGCUAGACUCUUCAAAGGACCACACCGUUCUGGAGCUCUUCCAGCUCUUCUUCAGUCAUGAUGUUGUUAAUACACUCUGCUCAAACACCAAUGAGAACGCCAAGAGAAGACAAGAACAUGGCUUCAAAGAACCAUGGAAACCUGUACGUCUGGAGGAGAUGUAUAAGUACAUCAGCGUUGUCAUUUAUAUGGGUCUGUUGAAUGUACACACUGUGUCAGACUACUGGAGUCUGGACGGAAUGUAUGCUCUUCCAUUUUGUCGUACAGUGAUGACUAUGACACGGUUUCUUGCAAUCAGCUGUUCACUGCACAUGUGUGACCCCAACGAGGAUGAGGAAAAUGAAAAGAAGAAGGGGACCGCAGGGUACGAUCGGCUCAUGAGAAUCCAACCUCUCAAAAACCAGAUAUCGGAGGCAUGCAGAGCCUUCUACCACCCGUUGCAGAACCUUUUCAUUGAUGAGCGUAUAGUGCGCGCCAAAGUCGGCGGCAGCCACAAUCAGCACACUAAAGCCAUACGCUACAAAUGCGGCUUCAAACUGUGUAUUUUGUUGGAUUCACAGAAUGGCUACACCUGCGACUUCGAUGUCUUAGCGCACAAGAGCCCGUCUGCAUCGAGUGCUGGGGAGGACCACGACGCCGUUCUGAACGUGCUGAACGUCACUCACCUGGGAACCGGGUACCACGUCUACAUUGGUCACGCCUUUGCCAGCGCCGCUCUCUUCCGUGACCUGUACAAGAGGAAACUGGGGGCAUGCGGACCGGUGCGUGCGGGCUUCUCCGGCGUCCAGGAGGACAGCACGCCCGCUCGGGCAGAGAGGGGCAACGUCCAAUGGCUUCGAGACGGGGAGCUGCUCUUCAUCGAGUGGUUGGACAGGCAACCAGUCACCAUGUGCAGCACCAUCCAUAAAGCCUUUGGGAGGGUGAAAAGGAAAAAAGACACUGCCACUAGAAGGUCCGUGGGCAUCCCAGAGAUGAUAGAGUCUUACAACAAGCAUAAGAGGGGUGUUCAACUGUCUGAUAACAUGAUGAAAUGUUACAGUGUGGCCCACAAAACCAUGAAGUGGUACAAGACCUUCUUCUUCCAGUUUGUAGACAUUGCUGUGGUAAACGGCUUUCUCCUGCAGAAGGAGAUUGCCCGGGUGAAGAAGACAACUCCCAUGAGCCACAAGCAGUUCAGGGAGGAGCUAUGCCUACAGCUUGCCGACAUUGUUGAGCAGGAAGAGCCUGAUGAAGAGGAAGAGUCUUUACGGGAACAGGUGGAGGUAGUUAAAGGGAAAGCGGGUCCUCAGGGAGAGGAGCUAGAAGAAGAGCCAGAAGAAGAACUAGUGGAAGUCAAACAACCAUGCUAUCCUGUGCCCUUCAUUGAUACUACCGCUGCUGACACAAGCAGAGUGCCUAAUCCGAGGAGGCAAUGUUGUAUGUGCAAAGAAUUUAAGACCUACUGGAAAUGUGGGUCUUGUCAGGUGGCACUCUGUCUAAUACCAGACAGGAACUGCUUCAGAGCAUGGCAUAUGGAUAGAAAUAAUCUUGUGGAAGAGGUUUUCAAGAGGCAAAUAAAGUAUAACCCAUACCCCCAUCCUUGGAUGGAAUAUGGCGGGAAGAAAAUUGAGUUUAAGUCUCAAAAACAAGCCAGAUGUUUCAUUAAAAAUCAUUUUGGCUUGAGGACCAACAAGAAGUAAACAAUCUUCCUGCUUUUGCCAGAUGCUUUUUUUGCUAAAUUAUGAAUUUAUGAUCCAAUUACUAUUGACAUUUCUUAAGGAGCAGACCGGCAGACACUUUGUCAUGUAAGGUAGUCUGUAUAAUACAAAAUACUAACUGCUUCUUGAUCCGAGUGUGGCAUAGGGAUACAAACGGAGAGAAGGUGAGAGGAUGCCUGCCUCUACAUUUCUUUUUCUGCAUGCAUUGACAGAAGGCAACCACCAUUUUACUGUAGUCAGGUUGGAGACAUGACUCUGACCUGUAAGGACCUGCCCAUAAGGUUGAAAUUCCCACCCACUUGACCAAGAAUGAAUUUGAAAUGGCGAUGCCUUCAAAUGCGAUGCCCAUGUCAAAAAAGCCAUUUGGUUGAUAAAAGUCUCUAACCUUCUCUGUGGAUAGAAAUAUUCACUGUCAUAGCUUUUCAGGAGGGUUGAUGAUAUAAUUUUGUGUUGGAUAGUGUGAAGCCACCACAAAAUGGUAUGAUGUUUUUGUCUUAUAGAAAUGAAAAUGUUAAUGUUUUGUUUUCUAGAAACAAAGUAUUCAUAAAAUGAUUUGGUGUGAGUCUGGGGGAAGUGAAAAAGUAUAAUUAGAAAUAUUUGCUUUAUUUCUUCAGGUAAAUAAACAUGAUGUAAAAAAUAAACGUUACCUCCUCCAGAUGGAAGUUACCCAGAUGGUUACAUGCAAUUUACAUUUUUGGGGAGACUGAACAUGUUAAUGUUUUUUUUAUUUAUUUUUUAAACAUUUUUUACAUUCUUCCAAUUUUUUUCAUGAUCUCCAAUUUGUGAAUAAAGCUUAACCACUGCACCUUGGGGGCCCUAUAUAUGGUAAGUCAUCGGUCAAAACAUGGAUUGACGUUUUCAAGGAAAAGCUUUGUAAAACUGGUAAACCGCUAAUUAUGCGUGAUUAUGGAGGGUAUUCAAUUAAGAUGGACGAGGUUCCUAGGUUAGCUGGAUUACACAGAGUGAAAAGGGAAUGUAUUAAUUGUGGAAAGUUCUGGCUGACUGAAAUACUGUAGGUUGAUGUGAUAUGUAGGAUUCUGUUUUAACAUGCAUAGAUUAAUGAAAAUAAAUGGCAUUGUACAUUAUGGAAAA